UGUGAAAUUCCACGUGUGUGUGUGUGUGUGUGUGUGUGCGCGCACAUGAUCAGGAUGAUACCAGCUCCGCCUCAUUUGAGUCGGGAAAAACCCUGCAUUGUUUGCUACAGGUGAUGUUAGCCUGACGUGACAAAGAGACACUGCUCGUAGUGUAGUUGACAGUGUUGGAGUGGAGCUGAGCUGAUUGUGUGCUCAUAGCUGAGGACGCGGUUAGUGUUGUGUUUUAAUGAGAGCUUUGUAGUCGAGCUGCCGUGUUUCUAGGGAUGAGUCAGGAGGUCGGUUGGUAGGCUGAAGGACAAUUUAACUGGAAUAUCUUCAUGUUGAAUGGAAUGCCAUGAAACCCCUCGCGCUGUAAGUGAUGAGUUCAAUGUUCCAAGUAUUUUAAAGUUGUUCCUCUACGGCUUACAUGGGACUUUCAGUUGUGACAAAAUUGGCUAAUGUUAUCAUGCUAAACUAAGGUGGCAACAAUGGUGAACACUACAGUCUGAAAAUAAGCAUGUUGGCAUUGUCAUUGUGAACUAGCCUACUCAAAGCAAGUAGAGCCUCUUCAGCUUAGUUUAAAUGAUGUCAUCACGACUUAAAAAUCAUAGUGUGGCUCAGUGGUGGAGCAGGUUCGUCAUUGUGUAUGCUGAAUGAUUAAGCCUAAAGUAAUAGUUUCAUUGAUGAUUGUUGGUUGCAGCCCAGUGCAGUUGUACUUCUACUGACCCACAGAUGGACCAGUAGAUACGUCUUUCUCUUCCCUCCAUCCUCAGCCAGAGCUCACAUGUCAUCUGUGUGGGGGGGGGGGGCAGGGCAGAUAACCCUGCUGUCCCCACUUGUUAGACAACAUGCCUAUUCUUAUUAAAAACCCACUUCCUUAUUCAAUGGAAACGUCCUCAUCCACGUCUUACACGCACUCAUACACACACUAGGCUAGUGGUAAAUGGAGACAAAACAGGAAGAGUACGUUUUAGACAAAAUCAUUUGAGACGAGUGGAGGUUGUGAAGAUGUCUGAUCAGAGAGUAAGAACACGUCAUUGGGACAUUUUGCAGGGCCAUCCCUGGGCUAAGAGUUUGAAAUCUAUUCGGCAUUAAUUUUCCACAACAGGUUACUUUGUGAUACUCGGCAAAGCUUCAAAACAGCUGGUUGCAUCUGUUGAAAGGACAAAAAGGGGGUUUUGUAGACAACGCUUUAUAUCCCGAACAACGGAAAGGAAUCAACAGUCAAAGAUCACAUAGGCUCCUGACCAGUGAGGGCUUCUUUGUGAUACUCAGCACUAUGGGCCUCUACAUUGAUACACACACACACAUGGCUGUGUGGGCCAUGUCCUGGUUUUUGAGUUGGCCUUUAAUAGAACUUUGGGUCAUGUGAAAGAGUCUUUCUGAAACCUUUGAGUAAAGGUUGAGGCUGGGUUUCCCAAAGUUGUGCUUGUAGAAAAGUCAUCAAAGGAGUUGCAUGAAAUUCAUUCAGGGGAGAGACUAUGUUCAGCUAGUUUUUCCAUUAGUCUCCCUGUUGUUCCGUAGCUAUCCUAUAGUAUCACUACACUACAUGUACAGGUGCAGACAGCAGACCAUUUCACACUGGUUUUAAGGUCGGAGAGCUUCCGGUCGAGGUAUUGGGCUGGACGUAGUUUGGUUCACUUGUCUCGUCUCAAAUACUCACCCAAGCAGAGUUACUAAUGUGUCACAAACAAUAAAACGCACCACCAUAGAAUACGGGAACCUUGAGAGAUGUCACUGGGACAACAGCAAAGUGUUGUAGAUACUGGUGUGGAGACAGAAGAGCAUGUAUGACCCUCUGUUUAACAUUCUACCACAUAGCCCGUCUAAAGAUGGAGCUCCCUGCUAGCCGUUUAUGUAGAGGUGAUGUGACUUUGUUGAACAGACCAGGUCCAGUCUAUUGAAAGCCUGUAUUGAAAACCAGCACUCAGCCAUCAGUGAGUAUGUUCUGUGACUGCCAAAGCCCCCAUAAAGCAACACAACCUUUGUGCUGACUGUUGGCAUGUCUUCAUUAAUGUUGGCAGUGGAGAUGUACGCUCUCUCAGUUCAGUGGUGCUCAUGCUACUCCUCUUCCUGCCCGGUUGGGUUAGUGGGGUAAAGGUUGUUUUUGACACCAGAGAGACUCCGGUCGAUCUUUCUAAUCAAUCCCAUUUCCUUUCUCUUUCUCUCUCUCUCUCAAAGCCUCAUGGGUAGUGUGACACAAUAUGAAAAUGGCACCGAGAAGAAUCAAAGCAGGGUCUUCAGAAACUCUGGCGCCUGUUGUUGCCACACCUACACAAAGCCCAUUUAAUGAUCACACAUAUGUGUCCCUUGUUUCCCUUCAUCAGUUUGUCCAAUGGGUGGCAGCAGCAGCAGGUUGUUUGGUACGUUGGCCCAGUCGUUGAACAGCGCCCCCUUGGACCAGUCGGACCCGUACCCAGAGGAGAACCCAGACCAGGACAUGGUCGAGAGUGACCCGGACCAGCUGCUCAGAGAGUGUGAAGAGGCCCUGCAGGGGCGUCCGGCCAGGCCGCAUCGAGACCUGGUCCGUCCCAGCGGCAUGGCGCCCUGCCACCACAAGCUUAACCCCCCCAUACGGAUCAUGCAGUGGAAUAUACUGGCACAAGCUCUCGGUGAGGGGAAGGACGGGUUCACCCGCUGUCCGCUGGACGCUCUCAACUGGCAGGAGAGGAAGUACCUGAUCCUGGAGGAGAUCCUCACCUACCGCCCAGACAUCCUGUGCCUGCAGGAAGUAGACCACUACUACGACACAUUUCAGCCAAUCAUGGCCAGCCUCGGCUACCAAGGCAGCUUCUUGGCCAAGCCCUGGUCUCCCUGUCUGGAUGUAGAGCAGAAUAACGGCCCCGACGGCUGCGCUCUGUUUUACCGCCGCUCGCGCUUCUCCCUCCAGGCCACGGCUCACCUGCGGCUGUCGGCCAUGAUGCUGCCCACCAACCAGGUGGCCAUCGUCCAGACGCUGAAGUGCCGGGGAACUGGCCGACGGCUGUGCGUUGCCGUCACCCAUCUGAAAGCUCGUAGCGGCUGGGAGAGACUGCGGAGUGCUCAGGGUGCCGACUUGCUGCAGAGUUUGUGCAGCAUAACGUCCCAAUGUGGCGGCGGCAGCCAGAAGGAGGAGGAGUCCGGCGGUGUCCCUUUGGUAGUGUGCGGGGACUUUAACGCAGAGCCCUCGGAGGACGUGUACCGGCGGUUCAGCUCCUCCGCUCUCGGCCUGAACUCGGCGUACAAGCUGUUGAGCUCCGACGGACAAAUGGAGCCGGCCUAUACCACGUGGAAGAUCCGCCCCUCCGGAGAGAGCUGCAGCACCCUGGACUACAUCUGGUAUACCCAUGAUGCUUUGAGUGUGCAGCGCCUGCUGGACAUCCCCACAGAGGAGCAGAUCGGCCCAGACCGUCUCCCCUCCUACCACUACCCCUCUGACCAUCUAUCCCUGCUCUGUGACGUCAGCUUCAGGGAGGAGCCCCAUAGGUUGAUGUAGGCUGCCAAUCACAGCAGCCCUGGACCAAGAGAUGCACUGAGGGAGGAGACCGCUGGGAACAAUAGUCCACCUCCACUGCAGACCAGAGAGAGGAGAGUGAAUGGGACGUCAUUUACCGGAUGUAGGGAAAUCUGAUUAGAUUGUGAAUAAUUUGCAAUCAUGAGAUACGAACCACUUUCUGUACUGUUGCUAUUUAACGAUAGUCACAACGUGGAAUAUUAGAAGAUCAUCACAUCUGAUGGAAAAACUACUUGUAGUUUUAGCAUUAACUGAAAUUCGAUCCACUGACUUGUGUUGAGGAGGAGCCUGUCGUUAACUGCAGCUGAAACGGCAGCUAUGUGCUUCAUCUGUUGAACUUUGACCUCUGCAAACCGACUGUUAUUACAUUAAUUUAUUCCAUUAUACUUUCUAUCUUUUGGUUAAACAAUCAUCAAUUCAUCCUAGUUUUUAAAUGAAUUAUUUUGCAUAAAAGUCAUUGAGUCAUUGACUGCA